AUGCCCAGUGACGAUAGCUUGAGUAUGGAUGGUGAUGCCGAAGAAGGCUUCGAAGUGCUUUUGGACGAAAUUAAAAAUAAGGAAAAAUCUCUGCGAGAUGCAGUCUACAAUCUCCAUAAAGCAACUUCAAAAGAACAACGAACCACACUCAUUAAAAAAGCAGAACAAUUCUACAAACAAGCAAAAGAGAAUAUCAAUGUACUCAAAGACGAUCUCUCUUCCUAUAAUGGAAAUAAGAAAAAAACCUAUCAAACUGAAAUGAAGAAACUCGAACAAGCAAUUGCAAAGAGUUACAAUGAUUUGACUCAAAUUAAAGAGAAUAGAGAAACUCCAGGAAGUGUCACAACUCCAACUGGAAGUGACCAUGGUGGUAAUUUGUCAGCCAAUACUCCAACUGGAAGUAGAAAAUCAAGUAGUGCCAAGACAGAUGAUGGAAUGGUCACAACACCUGGUGGAUCAAGUUCUGGCGGUGGUUCAAAGAAAGGAUCCUCAAAAAAGAAUUAUGAUGAACAAGAUGGUGCCAUCAUUAUGGAUGAUGACGGAGCCAAUGGACAACCCAAACAAUUACAAAAAGGUCACUCUCGAGUGGAUGAAAUUUUAACCAUUUAUGAUAAAAAUAAUGAAAUGUUAGAUAACAUGAUUAGAAUUGGAGAUGAGACAAUACAAAUUGGUGCAGCAGCUGCUGAAAAGUUAAAACAACAAACUGAGAGAAUGGUUCUCAUUCAAAAAGAUUUGGAUGAAUUGGGAGAUGGAUUGAAGAGAGCUAAAAAAGAAUUGAAUGCUUUCAUUAGAGGUACUAAUUGUGAUAAGGCAGUAAUUUGUAUUUUCAUUAUCAUUGUUUUGGUAAUGGUUGCAGUGAUUAUUGGAUGGCAAGUGGCAAAAUAUGUUUGUAUUAAGGGAGUGACUAAUACCUGUAUUGGAGGUUUUUCAAAUUCUUCUUCAUUCUCUGUGAGUGGAAGUUUGGAACCUUUCAAAGUUGAUUCUUUACAUUCAGAGAGUGCUAGUGGUGGUAGUAGUGGUAGCGGCGCUAGUGGUAGUGGUGUUUCAUUGAACAAGGAUUUGAUCACAUCUCUUGUUACAACAAUCAAUGAACAACAGAAGAAGAAUUAA